AUCACGGAAGCACAUGGUCACCAAAACCAGAUUGGAGACGUAAAAAUCCAACUCAACUGGAUAUUGCACUUUUCAUUUGCCAUUAUCUUCAGAUAUCAACAUUGACGUUUUGUCAUCAUUGUUCGUAAACGUGAAGCGAACGCGUUUGAUUAAUUUCCAUCAUGGGUCGAACAAAAAAGAUUAUAAAGAUACCAAGGCUGAAAAAGAUCGAGCGAUUUGAUGAAGAUGACCCCGAAGCCUUCAAGAACAUGCCUGUCCCUGAUAAGAAAUCGUCCCAGUACACAAAGGACAAAAUUGAUGCGUUUCACGAUGAGAAGAUUGCGAAACUUUUCGCCAGUGGUGUUCAACAGGAGAGCGACCCGGAGGAAUUGGAUGAUGAGGAGGAAGUGAUGGCCCUGGACGAUUCAGAGGAUGACGACGACGACGACGAGGAGGGGACAGACAUGGAGAGUGAUCUAGAGGGCAAAAAAGAAGACGAGCUUCCUAAUGAAAUGGCAUGGGGUACCAAGAAGAAGAUGUUCUACGACUCUGACUACGUCGCCACUAAGGGGAGAUCUCAAGACGAGUUGGAAGCUGAGGAACAAGAGGAAGAAGAAGAGGCUAAAAAUGUCCAAAAACGUUUAGCUGCAAAUCUGAGCGAGGAGGAUUAUGAUUUAAACUUUUUUCAGGAAUUUGCUGUGGAGGAGAACGAUGAAAACAAGACUGUAGAAAAAGAAGAGCGGAUUGUGAAAGACCUGAAGCAGAUGUCUCAGAAGGAAAAAAUGAAACUUUUAAAAAAGGAGUCACCAGAGCUGCUUGAACUUAUUCAGGACUUCAAAGCAAAGCUCAAUGAACUAAAGGAUGAGCUGCAGCCUCUCAUGCAGAUGGUCAAGGAAGGAAAGAUCCCACCAGGAAAGGGUGCUGACUACAUCAAGACAAAGCAGCAACUGUAUCUGAAUUACUGCACAAACAUCAGUUUUUACUUGGUGCUGAAGGCGAAACGAAUCCCUGCUCAUCACCAUCCAGUGAUUGAAAGACUGCUUACAUACAGAAAUCUCAUCAAUGAGCUUGGUUCAGUGGAUGCUCGGCUUGCGCCUCAGUUUCGCAAGCUGCUAUCUGGUGUGGAGAAAGAAAAGACCACUAGCCGACCAGCGGGGGGCAAGAAGACCAGAGUCGCCAGCAAAAUGGAAAAGGAUUCUGGAGAAGCUACGCCUGAGGUUGAGGACUCAGACCUGGACGAGGAAGCGGCUCUGCGGUUCUACAGAGAAGUGGAGGAGCGGUCAAAAUUGAAGAGAAAGCGCAAUGAUGUCCCAGAAGCUGAAGAAAUGGAAGUGAAAGAUGCAGAGGAGGAGGAGGAUCCAGAUGCUAAGAGAGGAAUCACUUACCAGAUGGCCAAGAACAAGGGGCUGACACCCAAGAGGAAGAAAAUUGAUCGUAAUCCCAGAGUCAAGCACAGAGAGAAGUUCAGACGAGCCAACAUCCGCAGAAAGGGCCAGGUUUGUAUUCCGCACAUUGAUGAGACCAUUUUUAUUACACUGUUUAAGUGCAUCAUAAAGCUCAUCAGUUUGAAUCAAGAGUAUAUGUGUCCGUGUCAAACACGUUCUGUUCCUAUUCACCAGGUGCGAGAUGUUCGUCGGGAGGUGACGAGAUACAGCGGGGAGCUGUCUGGUAUUCGUGCUGGUGUCAAGAAGAGUGUCAAACUUAAGUAACCAUGCAAGAAUGCUGCAAAGUAGAAUCGCAGGAUUUAAAAAUUACCAAAAGUCUAAAUGUAAUGUUUCUUAUAGGUAAAAGCAUGUCACUGAAUUAUUCAGCUGUCAAUAACUGUUGUUGUAAAGUCAUCAAAAUUAGUUUUUUGUUCUAGAUCAUUGCGCAAUGUGAAUAAACUUUUAUAUUGUAUCUGUUCAGAGACAA